UAAGUAAAGAGAAAGAAGCAAAAAGGAGCAAAAAAAAGGGUGAAAGAAAGAAGAAAGCGAAAAGAAUAAUGUCCAAAAGCAACAAAGAAGUGAAAAAAAAGAACCAGAGAAAAAGAACUAGAAAAAAAGAACUGGAAAAAAGAAAUGAAAAAAAAAAGGAAGCAAAAAGAAUAAUAUGUAAAGCAGCAAGGCAAAAGCAGCAAAGCGAAAAGAACAAAGCAAAAACAGUAACACAAAAGCAACAAAGCGAAAGCAGCAACAUAAAAGCAACAAAACAAAGCAGCAAAGUGAAAAUAGCAAAGCAAAAACAGCAAAGCAAACAGCAAAAACAAAAGCAAAAGAGAAAACAGCAAAAGCAGCAAAAGUGA